AGGGACGACAGUCAUGGGACGGAGCCGCAAACUGUCCAGUAAGCUCCUCAAACCGACAGCUGAGAACCGACAAUCGGCUGAUGAGAAACAGUGUAACGAGGAUGAGCAACACACUGGGAAACAUCAGGAGAAUGGAGACAUACAACAGGCCGGCGAGCACCAACAGGCUGGUGGUGCUCUCACCAAAACCAAAAUCCAUCGCUGUAACAUCUGCCAGUUGACAUUCGCCACAACAUUAAGCUUUGAAAGACACAUGAAGAGACAUGAAGCAAACAAACCACAUGAGUGCCAAGACUGUGACAAGAAAUUCGUAACAAAAUCUGGCCUCGAUAUUCACAGAAGAAAACACACAGGUGAAAGACCAUACAAGUGUGACAAUUGCUCAAAGGCCUUCACAACACGAUCAGUACUCAUUAUGCACAUGAGAGGCCACACUGGUGAGAAACCUUAUGAGUGCAAUACUUGUGGUGCAAGGUUCACUCAGAGUGCAACUCGAGCUGACCACAUGCGGCGUCAUACAGGAGAAAAACAUUACCAAUGUACCACUUGCCCAGAAAAAUUUGUUACGAGAAUAAAUUAUCGUUGGCACAUAUUGUUGUGUCAAAGAAAAA